AUGGCGGCUUGUGCAACGGUCUGGACGAGCAUGGGUCUGACUUUGAGACUCGCUCGCGUUCUUCCGGACUGUCACGCGUGUGGUUUGUCCACAUUAAGUGCCAACUAUCUGACCAAUCCACACACACGGGCCUCAUUUGACCGCUUGAGGACAAUCAGCAGGCAUUUACAGACAAGCAUAGGUCUUCACCACAGCGAAGAAACCGGCGACUCCGAAAAACCCGGAGAAGUGGUGAAUGUGGUUUAUAUAAACCGGUCCGGCCAAAGGAUUCCAGUCAAAGCCAAAGUAGGAGACAAUGUUCUCUACCUGGCUCACAAACAUGGGAUUGAACUAGAAGGAGCUUGUGAGGCCUCUCUUGCCUGCUCAACCUGCCAAGUCUACGUCAGCGCUGCUCAUUUUGAUAAGCUACCUGAACCAGAUGAGAGGGAGGAUGACAUGCUGGACAUGGCCCCCAUGCUUCAGGAGAACUCUCGACUGGGAUGUCAGAUUAUCCUCACUCCGGAACUUGAUGGCAUUGAGCUGACUUUGCCCAAAGUCACUCGGAACUUUUACGUGGACGGGCACGUACCCAAACCUCACUGACAGUCUGAGUCAGAUAAAAUAGGAAAAGACGUGUCACGUCACGCAAGUGGCUUGAUGUGCAGGCAAAGUGAGGAGGUGACCGUGACUCUGCUGGAGCCUCGACCAACGCUUGGUAUAUUUAUACAUCGACGAGUUGGACACUGCUGAAACAACCGGUCUGAUGUUGGUAAUCAAACUGAAAUGUUUCUGCGGGGUAUCCAUCCAAAAUAAGAAGAAAGGCGUCAACAUCCAGAAACAUUUCACAUCAGGUCAUUGAACAUGGGUGACUCAUUCCAAUCUUUGGUCUGUCCAGGGCUCCCACAUAUUGUCAUGUAGGAGCAUUUUACGCUGUGCAGUCAUGACAGAGAAGUGGAGGCAUAUAAUUCAUCAGGUUCAGGGGGAGUUUGUUCAGGCUGUGGAUCCAUGUCCAGUUUACUGUAUUACACUAUGAUUUUCACUGCCCAGCAUAGGCGUCCAUUAAUGUUAUUAUGUACACAGCAUAUAUUCAAAUGAUUUUAA